CAUGCCUCGAUCAACAGAUCCUCUUGUUAUUGGUGGUGUAAUUGGUGAUGUUUUGGAGCCAUUUACAACUCGUGUUUCUCUUAGGAUACUUUACAACAAUUCCUUGCAAGUUAUCAACUGUUGUGAGCUCAAACCCUACCAAAUUCUCAACCAACCAAGAGUAGAAAUUGGUGGAGAUGAUCUCAGAACCCUUUACACUCUGGUGAUGGUGGAUCCUGAUGCACCUAGUCCAGGAAAUCCAAAUCAGAGGGAAUAUUUGCACUGGUUGGUAACCAAUAUUCCAGCGUCAACAGGGACAAACUUUGGGGAAGAAAUAGUGUCGUACGAAAGUCCACGACCAAGCGCAGGGAUUCAUCGAAUUGUUUUUGCGUUAUUUCGACAAGAACGUAGACAAAGUGUGCAACCUCCUGGGUGGCGCCAAAAUUUCAACACCAAAGAUUUUGCAGAGAUUUAUAGCCUCGGUUUGCCGGUUGCAGCCACCUACUUCAACUGCAGAAGAGCAAAUGAACCUACUGCAAGGAGAAGACAAUAAUAAUAAUAAUAAUAACACUUUUAAUAAAUAUAUAACUUCAAAAUAAACACAUUGCAUGCAGUGUGCCUUCUUCUUUCACAACAAUUUCGGAGGUGGCUAUGGCAUUCACACUCAGAACACAGAAUUUACUCAGUAUCAGGAUGAAUGUAUAUUCCACCAAAUGUAUCUUCUAUUAAUGAAUA